GUGAGGCAGUCUUUGGGUACUCCCCCCGCAGGGCUCUGGUUGCUGGGCGCUAAAACAAACGGGCUCUGUUUGCCCAGUCUGCGAUGACAAUGCCGUUGCCAAAUAUUUGCCAGCCUCAGGCAGUUGUGGAGCCCAGCUAUAAAUGCUUGCGCCCCAGGUGGAGGUGGGCCUGCUGAGUGAGCUCUGCAGUCUCAGCUUGUGUCUGCUGCUCCAGGGAACCCCAGAAUUUUGGGGACCUCAACAAGAUGGCUGCUGGUGUUAUACGGUCUGUCUGUGACUUCCGGCUGCCCCUACCAUCACAUGAGUCCUUCCUGCCCAUAGACCUGGAGGCUCCAGAAAUUUCUGAAGAAGAGGAGGAGGAAGAAGAAGAGGAAGAGGAAGAGGAGGAAGAAGAAGAGGUAGACCAGGACCAGCAAGGUGAGGGGUCACAGGGCUGUGGCCCAGACUCCCAGAGCUCAGGAGUAGUCCCUCAGGACCCCAGCAGCCCUGAGACCCCAAUGCAGCUUCUGCGCUUCUCAGAGCUCAUUAGUGGUGACAUCCAGCGGUAUUUUGGACGCAAGGACACAGGGCAAGACCCAGAUGCCCAAGACAUCUAUGCUGACAGCCAACCAGCCAGCUGCUCUGCCCGGGAUCUCUACUAUGCUGAUCUGGUAUGCCUGGCACAGGAUGGGCCCCCAGAGGAUGAGGAGGCUGCUGAGUUCAGGAUGCAUUUACCUGGGGGGCCUGAGGGUCAGGUGCACAGGCUGGGCCACAGAGGAGACAGGGUGCCACCACUGGGCCCCCUGGCUGAGCUCUUUGAUUAUGGCCUUCGGCAGUUCUCCAGGCCUAGAAUAUCAGCUUGCCGAAGACUAAGGCUAGAGCGGAAGUAUAGCCACAUUACUCCCAUGACCCAAAGAAAAUUGCCUCCAUCCUUCUGGAAGGAGCCUGUGCCCAACCCACUAGGCCUACUGCACGUGGGCACACCAGAUUUUAGUGAUCUACUGGCCAGCUGGUCUGCUGAGGGUGGUUCUGAGCUGCAGAGUGGAGGCACCCAAGGCCUGGAGGGGACACAGUUGGCUGAGGUCUAGUGAGUAGGCAAGUCAGGAGUGUGCCGGGGCAGAGUGGCCAUUUCUACCCUCAGAACAACCCAGCACCUCCUGCCUGUAGCACAGGCCCUGCCCUAGUAGGUCUGUCUAAGUAGUCAUGCAGUUAGUGCUCUCUCAAGAGGAGAGCAGGCCAUGAGGAUCUGAAAUUGUGCCAAGCCUGGAACUGUUGCCACCAGUACUGAGAGGAGAGAGAGAGAGAGAGAGAGAGAGAGAGAGAGAGAGAGAGAGAGAGAGAGAGAGAGAGAGAGCCCUUAUCCAGACCCGCCACACCUGGCUACCAGCUCCGGCUCUUGGUGGACCCCACUAUACACAGCAGGCCUCAGGACUCUGCCCAGGGGAAGUGAAUGGAACUCAGGCAAGAACUAUGGAUCGCCUGUACACCCUUGCCCUUCAUUAUGAGGCCAUUUCCGAGAUGCAAGUCAGUGGCACAGAGCAGCUGGGUUGGGUCUAAAACCAGGCCAGCCCUCCUGUCUCUGUUGGGCUAGAGCUGGUGGUUCCAUGUGUUGUGUCCUCAGCCAGGCGGGUGGCAGGAUUAGGGGCCACACGCAGAGUCCAGGUUUUCUUGAGAGGCUAGAAGAGGGACACUGCCUGGUCACAGGGACACUGCCUGAUCACACAGAAACCUACUAGAUGCUCACUCUCCAGAUUCACGCUCACAAGUGGCUUCCUUGGCACUUCAGUGUUAGUGAGUGGGUGGGUGGGGCUGAGGAUGUCUGAGGACCCUGUCCUCAGUCUUCACAUUUGUCCUCAUAGGCAACAGGGGUAUGUCCUGAGAGGUGUGGCCUGGGUGCCCCUGCACACAACUCCCAGGGAACCUGAGAGCUUGACCUUGCACGAGGCGGGGCAGGAGGGGUCCUUCAGGUCUAAUAACCUCAGGCCUUCUGAGUGUGGUCCCUCUCACUACUUGACACCCUUGUCAGGCCUGUGAGCUGUGGAAAAGCCAUUCCAUCAGAUAACAGGAGACUCUGGCGCCAGUAGGUACAAGAACUGGCAUGUUUAUUUCUGGAACACAGUCAGAGAUGUGACCUCAUAUGCAGGCUUCCACUGGGUCAUCGCUGAGGUCACUCCGGGCCUUUUCUGGGCCACCAAGUUCAAGAGGAAUCUCUUCCAACGAAGCCACCUGCCCAGAGACGUGGCUCAUACACAACACAGCCCCUGUGGCUGUGCUACUACCCUUGGGAGACCCAGGCUCUCAGCUGCCCACCUCACAGCCUGGUACACUCCCCAGGAGUUCACAGAGACCAUUGCGUCCAGGGCUACGUCCUUGAUGAAGAACCGCUGCCUCACCAGGGACAUGAAUACCCGCUUGCUGCCCAGGGUCAGUGGCCAGGGACCCUCCUCACUCCACAGGCGCAGCAUGCUCUCACGCAGGGUUGCAAUCUCCUCUGUGCGCUGCAAGUGCAGAGAGAUGGGGCCAAGAGGACCCAUGGAGAGCAAGACAAGUACAGAGAAGUGGGACUUGGAUCACAGUGGUGGGUGGCAGAUGUGUGUAUGUGGGGACUGCUCCUGUAGAGGAAGCCCAGUGGGGGGGGGCAGUUUUCACCUCCAGGAAGCACUGUUCAGCACCACCCAGCUAAUGUAUUCCGGGGCCCUGGAGAGAUGGGAACAGAGCGACUCGGGGCAGGCUGGCAGAGUGUGAGGGGUCAGCGGUUCUCCCAGAGUUUUCUCUCACCAGCUUGGUCUCAUUAUUAAACUUCAGGUUCUGGAUGGUUUUGUUGGCCUGAA